UCAGCUCAACAAUAGCACAGUAACACCGCAGGUCCCUGCUCAGAUCCGACCACGGGCAUUAAACGCAUCGCAGCCACAAGUAACAAACUUUUUAUAUAAACCUCUUCCAAUAAAGAAGCAGCGCGAAAUCGAUCAACAGGUAUUAAAAAUGAUAGUCCGUGAAUAUCAUCCUUUCAGUGUAGUAGAAGACAUAGAAUUUAAGAAGUUGGUGUUUCUCUUGAAUUCCAAUUACAAGCUUCCAAGCCGAAAAACCAUUUCUUCCUCAUUGAUUCCUGCCACAUACAACGAAACAGUAGAAAUUGUUAAAAGCGGUUAGAGAGAGCUUAUGCCAUAUGCUUAACUAUGGACGGGUGGACUUCUCGUGCUCAAGACAGUUUUUUCAGCGUUACCGCUCAUUAUGUUGUAGAAGAAGAAAAAAGAACAUUUCUUGCGUCGGACUUACUAGCUUGUAGUGCUUAUGCGGAAAGGCACACUGGCGAAAACAUUACAAAAAAAAAUGAUUGAAAUUUUUAAUGAGUGGGGAAUUUAUAACAAAAUUACUGUUGUGGUAACUGACAAUGCUGCGAAUAUGAAAGCAGCGGUGCGCGGGGGAGGCUGGCGCCAUUGGGGUUGCUUUGCACAUUCCUUAAAUCUAGUUGCACAAGCAGGAUUAAAGGAAAUAGAACCUGUUUUAUGUAAAGUUAAAUCAAUUGUUAGGUUUUUUCAAAGAGUAGUCAUGCUCAUUCAAAACUUAAAGCUACGUUAGAAUCAAUGCACCAACCAGUUUUAAAGCUCAUCAACGAUGUACCUACACGGUGGAAUUCCACUUAUGA